AUGCAGGACACCUGGGUCCUGGUCCCACUCACCUUGAUCUUUGGCCUGCUUCCCAGUCUCCAAGGAGUUAGCACCAAUGAGACUGUAAACACAUGUGGCAUCUUAAGCUGCCCCAAAGGAUUCAGAUGCUGUGGCAAUGAAUGCUGUCUGGACCGAAAGGUCUGGAAUCCUGAAAAUGCACCCUUCUGGAUCCUGUUCCUCAUCUUAUUGAUCAUGCUCCCUCUCUUGUGCAUCUGUGGCCUAGUGAAGCAGUUCUGUCCCAACUGCAGAAAACUACAGCAUGAUGUCAGGACAUCAGAUCAUCUGACACCUCAAGACCCACCCUCCAUUGCUCCUCUAGAGAGCAUUUGGGUCACAUCCUUGGAUCCCCCACCACCCUACAGUCAGGUUGUUCUGAUGCCAACUCCCAUAGAACCACCGCCUCCCUACAGCCUCAGGCCUAAGGGCCCUGCUGUCCAGAUGAGAGGGACUGGCUAUGCAACUCUCUGA